ACGGCUCUAUGGAGAGGUUGCUGUAUUGUUUUGAUUAGGAAUAUCAUUUGGGCAGUCACAGCCACGGAUUACGUUAUCUAAGAUUGUCCUUGUAGUCACAGAAAUCAUGGAGGAGCAGCAAACAGGCUCUCCUGCAGCCAAUACCGACAGCAACAGCCAGAGAAAUGGAGAUGAGAAGCCCCGACGUGGCAGCUGGACCAAGGGGAGGAAGAGGAAGAAGCCAAUGAAGGACAGCAAUGCACCCAAGGCACCCCUUACGGGCUACGUUCGCUUCAUGAACGACAGACGAGAACAGCUACGGGCAGAGCGUCCAGACGUGCCCUUUCCAGAGAUUACGAGGAUGCUGGGCAACGAGUGGAGCAAACUGCCCCCUGAGGAGAAGCAGCGGUACUUGGAUGAGGCAGAGCGAGAUAAGGAGCGCUACAUGCGGGAGCUGGAGAAGUAUCAGAAGACAGAGGCCUACAAACAUUUCACCAGGAAGGUCCAGGAGAAGCAGAAGGGCAAGCGGCACAGGGGAGAUGUCGGGCACCAGGUAGCCAACGAGGCUCUUCACGAGAAGGAUGCAGAGGGGAAGGACAGAACUGUGUUUGACAUACCGAUCUUCACAGAGGAGUUUCUCAACCACAGCAAAGCACGUGAAGCUGAGAUGCGGCAGCUGCGUAAGACCAACAUGGAGUACGAGGAGCGUAACGCGGCGCUGCAGAAGCAUGUGGAGAGCAUGCGCGGGGCAGUAGAGAGGCUGGAAGGUGAUGUGAUGCAAGAGAGGGGACGCAACGGGCUCCUCCACCAACACCUGGAGACCCUGCGCCAGGCGCUCACCUCCAGCUUCUCCGCUGUACCUCUGCCAGGCAGUGGAGAGACACCCAGUCUUGAAACGAUUGACUCCUACAUGAAGAGGCUCCAUAGCAUCAUUGUCAGUAACCCCCAAGAACACGAGAAUCUCAUCAACACUGUGAGAGACGUUGUCAACCGUUUGGACAGAUAACUGGACCAAGUCCACCUGAUGUGAUGGAUUGAGAUUCACAGCGACAUUAAGCAGAUGCUGUUCCCAGGUUGAUGCUUUGCCCCUUGACGGUGAAUCUUCCUGUCAGUCUGUCAUCACAGUUGAUUUUAAAGCAUCUUUUGUAACUCCGCUAAGGUGAUGUAGGUGAAGGUGAUGUAGCGUUUCAUAUUUAUUUAUUGUUAUGUUUUUUCUAUUUUUUACACAUUCUUUUCUUUCACACUUUAUUAAUGUAGCUGUAGUUUGUUUUAUGAAGUAAUCAGAUGACAGGGCAUGAAACACUUUUCUUUCACUCCUUGCUCCUGUUCUGUCUUCACCAUCCAUUUAUAGCAAAUGCUUCCACGACAAUAUCUAAACCACUAUCGAACAUUUUGUAUCUGAUCAAAGAAAAAUGUGUCAGUGGGUUUGUAUUUACUGUAUCCAAGACAUAUUGUUUAGCAGACUUUCUGUCUUCAUGCUUUGAUGAAGAAAAACAUGUGCCAUUUUUGUUGUUUCCUCUGUGAAAAUGUGUUUUUGUGUUUUCAAUAAAUGUAUUUACAUCAU